AUUAUUUCUUCAGUUAACUUACGGUGAAUUUUGUAAGAAGAAUUAUGAAAUAUCCAAGUUUAUCCAUAAUAAUAAAUGUUCUUGCAAUUUUUAUUACAUAUUCAUCAGCAGAUGAUUUAAGUGAUCCUGAUGUCAAGAAAGUGUAUGCUCGAGCUGACAGAGGUAUUGAAACAAGACCAACAGAGCUAGAUGAUGCUCAUUAUCUACUUGCAGACCUAACACUUACUGAUGAGAAUGGAGAUAAUGUUGACAUUAUUGAAUCUGAAAUGUUAUUAAGAUUGGAUAUCAAACUAAAAACUGAUGCAACUGAUGAAAAGUAUGAAGAUGGUAGAGUAACGUACUGUGAUAUUGCUGAGACAAAUGAUUCUGAUAAUAUUCAACAGUUAUAUAAUGAAUGUGAGGUGAAUGAAAAUAUCGAGAGGUGGACAUGGGAUAAAGAACUCCAAAACUUCAGCACAAAUCUAAUAAUCACCAAAUUGUCUGAAUCUAUAUCAGAUAGAUUCACUAUUAAAUGUCUUGCUGUUGUUUGUAGAGAACAAUGUCCUGUUUUUUCAUGUAAUAAAACAGACGUGGGAGGAAGACGUAAAAGAACUGUAUUUUUAUCAUCUUUGAAGCAAUCACUAUCAUCACUUCCUUCUAACAUCUACAGAGGUAUAAAAAAUAGAAUAAAUAGAUGGUCUGCAUCAGGUGACAGUAAAUCCACGGAAAUUCCUUCUAAAACUACAAUGGCUCCAUCAUCUAAUACAAAAAAAGCUUAAGAAGAUUCGUCCUUUUUGAUCAUGAUACUAAGUAGCUUUUGGUAUCAUGAUAUAUUUGCCUUCUACAUCAUGAGCUAUGGAAUGAAUUCCUUUAUUUUUGUUUUCAUAUUAAUGGUUCUUAUAUAUUUACCAUUUAUUUUACUGUAAUGAUGUAUUUUUUAUGAUAAAGAAUAAAUUUGUUUAUUUUGA